GAAUCUUUUCUUCCUUCUCUCAUCGCCUCUCUCUCUUUCUCGUAUAUUCUCUGCUCCGCCGUCGCAACAGAAACGUCAAUCGGAGAUAUUUCAAGAUGUCGACUGGAUUAGAUAUGUCUCUCGACGACAUGAUCGCCAAGAACCGUAAGUCUCGUGGUGGUGGAGCCGGCCCCGCCCGUGGAUCUGGAUCUGGUUCCGGGUCCGGACCUGGUCCAACUCGCCGCAACAACCCUAAUCGGAAAUCCAACCGAUCUGCUCCAUACCAAUCAGCCAAGGCGCCGGAGUCCUCCUGGGGUCACGACAUGUUCUCCGAUUCAGCUGAAGCUUUUCCUCCUCGGUCCAGCCGUUCUUCCGCCGGAAUCGAAACUGGAACCAAGCUCUACAUCUCCAAUUUGGAUUACGGAGUCAUGAACGACGACAUCAAGGAACUCUUUGCUGAAGUAGGGGAACUUAAACGUUACACAGUCCAUUUCGAUAGGAGUGGAAGAUCAAAGGGAACUGCAGAAGUAGUCUUCUCUCGGCGUGGUGAUGCACUUGCAGCUGUGAAAAAGUACAAUGAUGUCCAGCUGGAUGGAAAACCCAUGAAGAUCGAGAUUGUGGGCACCAAUCUUCAAACUGCUGCAGCACAGUCUGGUAGACCUGCCAAUGGAAACUCCAAUGGUGCUCCAUGGAGCAGAGGAGGACAAGGGAGAGGUGGACAACAACGUGGCGGUGGCCGUGGUGGUCGAGGAGGCGGUGGCCGAGGUGGUGGUGGUCGUGGUAGGCGUCCUGGUAAGGGCCCUGCAGAGAAGAUAUCUGCUGAAGAUCUUGAUGCAGAUCUCGACAAGUACCAUUCUGGAGAUAUGGAGACAAACUAAUGAAACGACCUGAGCUUCCCAAACUGCAAGGGGGUUUGGGCAAUGAGCAGAAGUUAAUCGAGGAAAAUGUUUGCCAGAGGCUUUUGCCACUUAGUGCCUUUUUGGCUGUGUGUUGUUCAUUUGUUUCACUAGAAUUGACUAUAGUAUUGAGAAUCUGUGUUAAACGUUAAAGUUGUUGUUUAUCGGUAUACCCGUGAGUAAAAGACAUAGGGAGGAAUCCUAAUUUCAUCUACA